AUGCCUACGUUAAACAAGGUUCUAGUAGCAGUCAAUGAAGAAGCCGAUCUACCAAAUAUUUCUCGAUCAUCAUUGCAUCGAUUGUUGAAAUCAAUGGAUUUUGUAUUCACUAAGCGAGGUCGUAAUACUGCUUUGCUUGAAAGAGAAGAUAUUAUUCUGUGGCGGAGAAACUAUUUAAGAGACAUCAAGCGAUAUCGCGAAGAAGGUCGACCAAUUUACUACUUGGACGAAACAUGGGUGAACGCCGGAGAUGUCAAUAGUAAAAUAUGGGUUGAUAAGAGCGUUUUAACAGCUAGAAUGGCUUCGUCUGCGGGACUUUCAACUGGUGCAGUAAAUCCAACUGGCAAGGGAAAACGCUUAAUUGUUUGUCACAUCGGUUCCGAAGAUGGAUUUGUACAUGGAGGACUUUUGAGCUUUGAGUCAAAAAAAAAAUACUCGAGACUAUCACGAUGA